CGCAACUUAGCAGCCGCCAAAGGCUGGCCAAUCAGAAGAGAGGCGAUAGAGGGUCACGUGAGCAAAUGAUAACCAGCGCCUACGGGAGUCGGGUCUUUCCCUCAAUAAAGCCAAUUAGUAUUUGCCACGUCAUUAAGGCGGAACGAACCCUUGUCGGACAGGCCAAUUGGAAUGAAGGAUGUCACAAAGAGCUGAGGAUGAGCGGCCUGGACCCACGGAAGAUGAAAGUGACUGAGCUGCGGGCUGAGCUGCAGCGCAGGGGCCUGGAGAGCCGUGGGCUUAAGGCAGAGCUGUGCGAGAGGUUGCAGGAGGCUUUGGAUUCUGAACUUUUGGGGGGCGAUGAAGAGAAAGGGGUUUGUAUACAGGAAGUGGCUGGGGGUGAUGAAGAGCUGGAUCUAGGGGAAGAAGAGGAUGAAGAGCAGAUGCCCCAUGAAGGCCCGGAAGAGGAGGAGGAGGAAGAUUCUAAUCCAAAUGAGAUGGAAGCAGCCCAGGGGAAUGAUGCUGCAACUGUAAAGAAGGAAGAGGAGACUGACUCACUGGCUGACACUAUGAACAAGGAAAGCCCUCCUGCUGUAGAAGGAGAGGAAUCUGAUAUGGGGGUGGAAUCCCUGAAUGGAGCAGCUUCAAAAACAGACCUGGGUGACUUGGCUGCAGAGGAGUGCACGGACGAAGACAAAUCUACAACAGCUGAGAGUAGCCAGAUCAAGGAGGAGUUGCCUGAUUCAAGGAGCGCAGAGCCAAAACGUCACGGAGUUAAGAGAAUAAGAGACGAUGAACAGAAUGGCCGUACAUACCAUGAAUUCAAAGAGGAAGCAUAUUAUAGCAGAUCAAAGUCUCCUGUUCCUCCCGAAGAGGAAGACAGUGAAAUAGAUGAAAAUCUUCUCUGUUUGGAUAAAUUGACUUGUGACUUGCAAUUGAAAAUGGAUAACGACCGUUUCGGAGGGAGACCACUUUUCUUUGAAAAAUUCCCUUCUCUGUGGUCGGGUUCACGAGCCACUCAUGGAGUGACCAAGGGAAAAGUCUACUUUGAAAUCAAGUUAACCGAGAAUUUACCGCAAAAGGAAGGGUGCACAGAAACUCCAUUGUUACGUGUUGGUUGGUCUGUUGGCCAGUCAUCUCCUCAGCUUGGUGAAGAUGACUUGUCCUAUGCAUACGAUAGUAGAGGCCUGAAAGUCACCAGCUCGCAUUUUGAUCCAUAUGGGGAAACAUUUGGAGAAAAUGAUGUGAUUGGCUGCUUUGCUGACUUGGAAGGAGAUUCUGUGGAUCUUCUUUUCUCCAAAAAUGGGGAUAAUUUAGGUCAAGCGUUCCACUUUGAAAAAGAAGUCUUGGGUGACCAGCCAUUGUUUCCUCAUGUGCUGUGCAAAGGUUGCGCAUUUCAGGUCAAUUUUGGACAAAAAGAGGAGGCCUGGCACCCGCCACCUGAUGAAUUCAUUUUCUUGAAGGAUGCACAGCCUGAAGACCUGGCAAGGUCUCUAGAGUCCAUAGAUGACUGUGAGGUGUUGCUAAUGAUUGGGCUCCCAGGAUCUGGAAAAACUACAUGGGCUUUAAAACACAGCCAGGAGAACUCUGAAAAGCAAUAUCUUCUCAUGAGCACUGACAUAUUAAUUCCACAACUAAAGACUGCAGGACCUGACUCAAAUCAGGAAGAUCCUAAAGCUAGAGAUAGUUUAACAAAGCUAGCCACACAGUGUCUAAUCAGACUGAUUCCACUUGCUUCCCGCAGAAAGAGGAAUUACAUCAUUGAUCAGUGCACAGUAUAUAACUCUGCUCAACGCAGGAAGAUGAAUUGCUUUAAAGGCUUUCAGCGGAAGGCAGUUGUGGUAGUGCCUAAUGAGGAAGAAUGGAAGAAAAGAGUAGAACAGCGUAAAGAGAAAGAAGGGGAGAUCAUUCCUGAGACAGUUCUCCUUGAGAUGAAAGCCAACUUUAAUAUCCCUAAGAGGACAGAGUACCUGCAUGAAAUCCUCUAUCCAGAGCUGGAUUGUGAAGAGGCAGAGGCUCUUAUAAAUGCAGCCAAAAAAGAGGCACGCCAGCUGCUGCCUGCUCCUGAUAAGAGAGGAAACCGCAUGCACAAGCGAAAUCGCCCAGAGAGGGGGCGGGGGGGAUACCAUGGCACAGGGAAUUAUCAGCAGAGAAACUAUGAUAACCGCAUGUAUAUGAAUCACCCGAGACAGCAGAUGUACCAUCAGCAGCAGCGAUCGUACUGGGCACCACAGAGAGGAGGUUACCAGAAUUAUUAUGACCAGUACCCAGCACAGCAGAACAGAUACUAUGGCCAGUACCAGAACUACAGACCGCAGAAUAGAGGGCACUGGCAGAAUUAUGAGGACAGGACACAGCACUGGAAUUAUCAAGGUUACCGUGGACGCCGGUGAAAGUUUUAUUUUGCAGGAUGGGGAUGAUAUGGGUUGUGUUAUGGUUUUCGUGGGUGUUGGGGUGGAUUGUAUAUUAUUAUUUUUUUUUUUUUAACGUAUAAAACAAACAUGGAAGUCUUCUCCUCUGUGGGGAACAAACUGCCUAGCAUGUACAGUUUGAGGGCUCUUACUGUAUGUAAGACUCAGCAUUUUAAACUUCUGUUCAGCCCCUAUGUAUUGGCUGUGGCUUACAGUUCUGCCGUAUCUGAGGCGCGUGUCUUGCAGCACUGUCAUGCCCUGCAGAGCAUUUAGGGUUCAGAAUCCGAUA